GGACCCACGGAGAAGGAACAGAAGACGGCGGAGAACAAAAAGAAGAAGAAAGGAGCAAUCGACGAAGAUGAGCCGGACAUGGACGCUCUGGAUUGGUGGAGCAAAUACUUUGCUUCUGUCGAGACGAUGAUCAGGGAGGAAGGCGAAGAAGUAGAGGAGCACGGACACAACGAGGAUGUGUUCAACGUGAAGCUCUUGGAGGCGGAGAGUAAGACAGCUGACACGUCAAGCCCCGCCCCCCUCACCGGUGAUGAACAGACGCUCCACCCCCAGCAAACGGGUCAGUCUUCUUACGGAAAUUACGGCUCUAUUCCUAAUGGUCAAGGCAUCGGAGGAGACGAGGUGGAAAUCAAACAGGCCAAGAGGUUGGAAAAAGAAGCCAAAAAGCAGCAAGAGAGGGACAGAAAGGCAACGUUCAAGAGCACUGCCAAGACGGUAGGCCUGGCAAAGCAGCUGUCUCCAAAGGCUCAGAGGAAAAGGGAAAAACUACUUAGUUCAACGUCACAACUCAAGGUGCACCCAACAGAACUGGAAGUGCAGCCCCAGUAUGACGGGUUCAGAGACUGGCUCCACACCUUUGAGCUGUACCGUGGAAAAAACACCGGAAAUGACGAACCGGAUGAGAACAGGAUCGUGGGGAAGUUCAAG